CCGCGCCUCCCACCUUUCUGUACGGAAACAUGGCGUCGCCCUGCGUGGGUCCGGCGCCUCCGGGCUAAGAGCUGUCUCCCGCUGUCAGACGCUGAGGAGCGGCCGUGCUGGCCGCUACCCACCCGAGCCGGGCGAGGAGGACCGCUCGCAGCGCCGUGAGGGGUGCGGCCUUGGAGGGGCAGAGGCUGAACCGCCCUGCUCGCCGCGCAUCCUCCCCGCCUCCGCCGCAGCGCUGGCCCCCGCCAGAUUCCCGGCCGAGCGGCAGGAGGGAGGACGCCGACUCCGCUACAGGUGAGGGAAGCGGAAGCGGAGGCUGGCAGCCCUGCGGGGCCCGCACAGGAGGAACAAGGUCGAGAUUACAGGCAUUUCUUCUCCUUUUUCCGUCGGAAAGUGAAUGAACUUAAUUGAGAAUGUCUGAAAACCUUGACAAAUCCAAUAUAAAUGAAGAAGGAAAAUCAAAAUCAAAUGAUUCUGAGCAAGGCCUUGAAGAUGCUGUGGAAGAUUCUGAUGAAGCUUUACAGAAAAUAAAGUCGGGCUCUCCUAGCACCCAAAGAGUGCAAAGACCUCACUCUAGUCCUCCUCGAUUCGUGACAGUAGAAGAACUUCUAGAGACAGCAAAAGGAGUCACUAACAUGACCAUAGCCCAUGAAAUUGUCGUAAAUGGAGACUUUCGGAUUAAACCAGUUGAAUUACCAGAAGACAGCUUGGAGAAGAAAGUAAAGGAUAUUGUACAUAAAGCUUUUUGGGAUUGCUUGAGUGUCCAGUUAAGUGAAGACCCCCCAACUUAUGACCGGGCCAUCAAGCUUGUUGGUGAGAUUAAAGAGGCGCUCUUAUCUUUCUUGCUGCCUGGUCACACUAGACUGAGAAACCAGAUAACAGAAGUCUUGGAUCUGGAUCUGAUAAAGCAGGAGGCAGAGAAUGGGGCCCUGGACAUUUCCAAGCUGGCAGAAUUCAUUAUCGGCAUGAUGGGGACACUGUGCGCACCUGUUCGAGAUGAGGAAGUGAAGAAACUAAAGGACCUUAAGGAAAUAGUGCCCCUUUUCAGGGCAAUUUUUUCCGUGUUGGACCUAAUGAAAGUGGACAUGGCAAACUUUGCUGUCAGUAGCAUUAGGCCACAUCUCAUGCAGCAGUCAGUUGAAUAUGAAAGGAAGCAGUUUCAAGAGUUUUUGGAGAAGCAGCCAAAUUCUCUGGACUUUGUCACCCAGUGGCUGGAAGAAGCCGCAGAUGACCUUAUGAAUCAGAAGUGUAGAAAUGCCCUGCCGGCUGUGGGAGAGGCCUCUGGCUCUGGGGACGGUCCCGGGCCAGAUCCUGUUGCUGUCCAGAAUUAUGCAUACCUGAAGCUUCUGAAGUGGGACCACCUCCACAGACCUUUCCCCGAAACAGUUUUGAUGGACCUUUCUCGCUUCCAAGAGUUCCAGCUCCAGCUGGAGCAGCUGACCGUCCUGGGGGCCGUGUUGCUGGUCACGUUCAGCAUGGCAGCCCCAGGAAUUUCCAGCCGGGCCGACUUCGCUGAGAAACUCAAGAUGAUUGUGAAGAUUCUGCUCACAGAUAUGCAUCUGCCCUCCUUCCAUCUGGAGGAUGCCCUGACUACCGUUGGGGAGAAAGUCUGCCUGGAGGUGAGCAGCUGCCUUUCCCUGUGCGGGUUCAGCCCCCUCACCACGGACAAGGAGGCCGUGCUCAAGGGCCAGAUCCAGGCCGUGGCCAGUCCUGACAACCCCAUCCGCAGGAUCGUGGAUUCCCGAGUCCUGACCUUCUUAGAAACCUACCUUGUCUCCAGUCAUCAGAAGCCAUUGCCCACAGCCCCAGGGGGAUUAGGUCCCGUUCAAACAGAGCUGGAGGAAGUUGCCAUUAAGUUCGUGCGCCUGGUCAACUAUAACAAGAUGGUCUUCAGUCCCUACUAUGAUGCGAUCCUCAGUAAGAUCCUUGUCAGACCCUAACGCCUCUGCUCCCUACAGCAGCAGUUUUACCCACUGGACCUGUUCUCAGCUGUAGUGUUGCUUUGGAAAAUGGCUGCUUAGUACAUUUCUGUUUAACAGCACUGAUGCCAAAAGGAAGAAUAUUGUGUAUCACUGUUGAAAAGACUUGUUGAAAAAUGUACCUAAUUCUGUUUUGAGGGUUUGUGUUUAUGAGUGCAAGUUUACAAAUCAGAGAAGCUUUUCGUUAUCGUUAGUUUUGUAGGUAGCACUCAGCUUUUAACGGGUGGACUGCCGUGUGUCUCCACUCACACUCUAUCAUGAUCGUAGCUGCCUCGUCUCUCCCAGGAGCCUGGGACCUCUUCGUGUCAUCUGGCUCGUUUUUCUUUCAGACACCCAGGAGUAUCUGACAGCCACCCCAGAGUGAACAGAACCAGGCCGUGAUGCGUUUAGACCCUUGCCCCUCUCCUGCCCAGCCCAGCCCUCCUCCUUCCAGGUAUUUUGUGUUGGAAGGACUUUAUAUAGUCUUACUGCCUCCACACACCUCCUGCACCCACUAUUUAUUGCUUUCUCCCUGCCUGGGCUACCCGGAGGCCCAGAACCCUUUUGUUCUAGAGGAGAGUUAUUUGAUUUUAAAAAGCUUACUUGUUUAUACAAAAUUACUUCUGAGCCUGGAUGAUAGCAGUUGUGGGAUCUAGAGAAAGGAAAAUUCUGUGACUUUCAUGCCUUGAAAGUCAAGGAGGAAUAUUUUUUUAAAUAUAUGUUAGUGUAAUAUAUAGAAGAGGACAGAUGUCUAAAGUUUUUACUGAAAAGUUCACUCUGAUACAAUACAUAGAUGUAUUGAUUGGAUUCGAAUUCCAGCAUUCGAUUUAAGUGUUUUCAGGUAAAAUAGCGGUAGCUCACUUAUUUCUUGGAUAACGAAGUUAUAGGAAAUCCCUGGUAUUUAUUGAGGAACUUCAGUGACCAGAAUUCCUGACAUAUCCUGUGACUGAAAGGGUAGCUUGGCUCUCACAGGUGACCUGUUCUGUUAAAAAAAAUAAAAUGUGCGCACGUGCCUGUGUGUAUUUUAGACAGGGAUGCUUUGUUAGAAACAGAGCCAUGAAGUUGUUGGGCGAUCUCCAGUUGCCAGAAUCCUGCAAGGAAUCCCUUCAUUCAAGCUGAUGAGGGCUGGGGUGGAGCUGGGAACAGCGUUGGGGAAACAUCCACCCUGUACACUGUGUAGUGAUGUGAGGCUUCAAGAGGAGUGAAGGUUAUACUGGGAAUGUGAUUUCUGCAAGUAUUUGCUUCUAAUAUUUUUACUUGCAGUCAGAAGUGUAUGCUGGGUUACGGGGUCAGAGGUCAUAUUAAUAAAGUUUAGGCUGAAGGACAAAUCCUCCAAGGUUUCAAAGAACAAAAUCACAUCUUUUGUAGCUUGUUCAAUGAGGUCACCUCUGGAAUCGUUUCUGGAGAUAAGGCUGCGGUGGCAGGCAGCUGUGCUCACUGGUUGCAGAGGAUGAGGUUCCUGGGGGCAGCACUCUUGCUUGCCUCAGCCUCAGUGUUUGGGUCCCUCCCUCCGCAUCCAAGGAUGCCGGAGAGGAGCGUUACCCUCACAGAUGCAGGGUGGGCCACCAGCUCCUGCAGCCAUUUUCCCUAAAUCUCAAAGUUUCUUCAUUUUGCUUUCUUUUGUAAGAGUUAACUCUUAGGUGGUUUUUUUCUUUCUUUGCCCUCGUGGGUUCCUACAUAGACAGAGUGAAGUUUGAACAGUUUGAAAUCUUGAUGCGUAUAUAACAGGGAGCUUCACAGACUCCUGUGGCCCCCACUACCUCAGUGUCCACUGUGGAAUUCUACAGAAGCCAGAAUGAAGAUGGCAAAGUUCAGAAUCACAAUAUUCAUAUUGAAUCGUUUUGUUGUUGCUCUUUGAAGAUAAGUGAGCUAGUUUUCUUCCUGGAGUCUCAUAGGAUUAUCACUAAGGGCCAGGAAAAUUCAUUUAGUUCAUUUAGUCACUCAGGAAAUAUUUGCUAAGCAUCUACUUAGAACUCCCCCCCUAUGGCUCUCCCUCCAAGACAAAAAUACCUUUGGCGUAUAAAUUAUCCUUCAGAAUUGAAUUGGGUUAUAUACUGCAUACUGAUUGCAUUUGAUAUGGUUUCCUGCCUAACAGGUUUGUGGAGAACAUGUCUUUUGUGGAAGUGCUAAGUUUAUUUGGCACUAGUAUUUCACUGUAGGUGGGUAGAACUGAUUGCCUUGAGAGUUGGGUUGAUAUCAGCAGGUCAGUUAGAUUUCUUUAAUAGUCUCCUGAAUGAAUGAAUGAAUGAAUGUCUAGAGCGGUAACUGCUGCCUUGUCAGCCCUCAACUGAUUGGGUGGAUAGUGGGUGGAUUCUCACUCUACAUAUAUAUAUUUUUUAAUCUUAUUCUAAAGCAAGCUGUAAAAUGUGAUCGUUUAUGUAACCCUUUAUAAAUAUACUUCAGGUAAGAGUUACACUGAUAUAUCUUACUGAUUAAUGCAGUGGACAGGUGUAUAGGAACUUUUUUCUCUGUGAAGAGAAGUUAUUAAAAAGUUUGACUCAAUAGGCACAUAACGUGCACAUACUGGCUGACAAUUCUGAAUGGAUUAUUUAGCAGUUCUGUUUUUGUGGCUUAUUUUACUUUCUCCAAAGUCUUAAGAUAGCUGGGAAUAGAGCAGCCUACUUUCCUGGUGAAUUUCAAAGGGAGGGAAUAGGUGUUUGCUGUUUGAUUUCCAGUGACAUUUUGGCAUGCCCUGAUUUCUAUGUAUAACAUUUGUAUUUCUUUUAAUUUUGAGGCAGGGUGGUAGAGUGGAAAGACUGGGAGCUGUCAAGAAACCAGAGUUUUGAUCCCAUUUCUGUUAUGUGAUUAGCUCGAGCAAAUCAGGACCCAUUUCCUAUAAAAUGAAAGGACUGGAUUUGACCUUACAAGCGCCUUUCCAAGUCUGACAUUCUGUAGUAAAUCUGACUGGAAUAACUUAAGUAGACUGCAGUAGGAUUGUGCAGAAAGUUCCUGAUUUAGAGGAAGAUCUGGGUUGAGUUUUUCCUCUGUUGCCUUCUUGCAAGGUCAUGUGAUGUUGGGCUAAUUAUUCUUCCUUGGGCUCCGUAUUUUCACCCAUAAAAUGAGCAUACUCCUAACUCACACUUCCUGUGAGGAUUAAAUUUGAUAAUGGAUAUUAGAAUGCUUUGUACAUGCAAAAGGACUAUGAAUGACUUUAUUAGCAACAAAGGAGAGCAUAUAACCCUCUGCCUGUAGGUGCAUAUCUGUUAUCAUGACAGAUUCGACUGUUGGUGCCCAACCUCCCUUCAGUCAAGCACAUUUUACAGGCCUGUAGGGAAGGUUUUCCUCCUGUCCUGUCCCAAGACUGUUAUUUUCUUUUACCAUCUCUUCUGUGCUAGAGCUGCAAUCUUACUUUUCUCAUCUGCUGCCGUUCACUCCACCCCAGUGGUUUCUCCCCAUUUCCACCUCUAUAUCAUUUGAAGUAAAUGAAUGCAUGAAUGAACAAAUGAGUGGAUGACUGAAUGGUAGUGGAUGAUGGGCUAUGAAACUCAUAUUAAAAGGCACUAUCUCAUUGAAAACAUAAUCUAAAUAAAGAAUUACAAUGAUGUU